AUGCUUUUCGCUUCUCUCCUAAUUUUUUUCUUUUCUUGUCUUUUCUUUCUUUUUUUUCUUUCUUUCUUUCUUUCUUUCUUUCUUUAUUUAUUUAUUCUCAUUUUGGUUCUUUUUACUUUUUCUUGUUUCACAUUUUUCUGUAUCUUUUCUUUUGUUUGUUUAUUUGUUUUUUCUGCUUUUUUUCUUUUUUUAUGUCUUUAUUGUUUCUCUUUUAACAUUCUUCAUUUUUCUCUCUUUUUUUCUCAUUCUCAUUUUCCUUAUACUUUUUUUUCGUUUUUCUUUCUUUUUUUCUUUUUGCAUUUUUCUCUUUCAUUUUCAUUAUUUUUUAUCUUUUCUUUCUUUCCGUCUUUAUUUAAUCUAAUGUUACUACUUUUUACUUUCUUCUUUCUUUCUUUGUGUAGCGUUUCACUAUCUAUCUCACUCUGUUCAUAUCUAUCUAUCUAUCUAUCUAUCUAUCUAUCUAUCUAUCUAUCUAUCUAUCUAUCUAUCUCACUCUGUUCAUAUCUAUCUAUCUAUCUAUCUAUCUAUCUCACUCUGUUCAUAUCUAUCUAUCUAUCUAUCUAUCUCACUCUGUUCAUAUCUAUCUAUCUCACUUUGUUCAUAUCUAUCUAUCUAUCUAUCUAUCUAUCUAUCUAUCUAUCUAUCUAUCUAUCUCACUCUGUUCAUAUCUAUCUAUCUAUCUAUCUAUCUAUCUAUCUAUCUAUCUAUCUAUCUAUCUCACUCUGUUCAUAUCUAUAUAUCUCACUCUGUCCAUAUCUAUCUAGUUAUCUAUCUAUCAAUCUAUCUCACUCUGUUCAUAUCUAUCUAUCUCAGUUUAUUCAUAUUUAUCUAAGUAUCUAUCUCAGAUCAUAUUUAUCUAUCUCCAAUUUCAUUAAAAAAAUAUCUAUCUAUCUAUCUAUCUAUCUAUCUAUCUAUCUAUCUAUCUAUCCAUCGCUGGCUCUCCUUAUCUUUCUAUCAUAUAUAAACAUAGGAGAAAAAAUAAAAUUCUUCGCUUUUUGUACGCCUAUUAUCUAUCUAUACAAGCGAAUUCAAGUUGUUAUUGAUGUUGACUUUAUGAAUGUUCCUUGCCUUUCAAUUCGACUCGGUGUGUGCAUUUUCAUAUCUAUCUAUCUAUAUAUAGACGUUAAUGGACAGACAGUUGAUUGUAUUGCUUGCUUUUAUCUGCAUCAUGACGGAUGGCUGCGCGCGAGCACUCUCUCUGCGUCUCUCUCUCUCUCUCUCUGUAUGCCUCUCUCUCUCUCUGCGUCUCUCUCUGCGUCUCUCUCUCUGUGUGUGUGUAUGCCUCUCUCUCUGCGUCUCUCUCUUUCUGCGUCUCUCUCUCUCUCUGUCUGUGUGUGUAUGCCUCUCUCUCUCUCUGCGUCUCUCUCUCUGCGUCUCUCUCUCUCUCUCUGCGUCUCUCUCUCUCUCUCUGCGUCUCUCUCUCUCUCUCUCUCCCUGUGUAUGCCUCUCUCUCUGCGUCUCUCUCUCUCUCUCUCUAUCUGUGUGUGUAUGCCUCUCUCUCUCUGUGUCUCUCUCUCUCUGUCUGUGUGUGUAUGCCUCUCUCUCUCUCUACGUCUCUCUCUCUCUCUCUGCGUCUCUCUCUCUCUCUCUCUCUCUCUCUCUCUCUAA